AUGCAGGACAUAGACAACUGCCUGCGGAUCCCUACCGUGAGCAUCAUCAUUUUUGAUGACUAUGGCGCAGAAGAAGGGGUGCGAUUGGCUGUGCAGCAGUUUACAUCCGCAGGGCGAUUGCGCCCGGUGCUGCCCUCUGUCCAGCACAAGGCGGUGAGCUGUUUGGAUGGUGAGCCGCAAUCCCUUGCCGCCGCCAUGAUAAUGUCGCGAAUGCUCCGGACUGGUGACUCUGUCUGGGUUUACCGUGCAGUAAAGGCGGCUGUCCAAGAUGCUGCCACCCCAGAGGAAGCCAAUGCAAAGUUCUUGGCGGAGCAAGAAGCUGCGCAGACAAGCGUGGAUUCAGUCACAGAGGUCUUUCGGCAAGCGGGCAUGGAGCAGAAUGCCUUGCACACGCAGGUGCAAUCAGUUAUGUCACCUGGUGCUGCAGUCACUUCCUUUGUGGGGAAGUCCAAUGCCAACUUUGUGUCCUUGGGAUCGCAUGGUCCUGGACGGGUGCUACACAAGUCCCUAGCGAGCUACCUCAUGCAGAGCUACUCCGACAUUCGUCUGUUGGUUUGCCCUUUGACAGAUUGGCAGCCUGCACAAGACAGCGGCCUGAAGUACACUGUUGUGUAUGACGGUUGUUCAACCAGCCGCCAUGCGCUGGAAGUUCUGGCAGGGCAUACCAACUCUCAGGACACUGUGGAGAUCUUGCACGCGCACGUGCCGCCAGCUCCAGUGUCUCGCGGCAAAUUCCGCGGUGCUCCAGCAAGCACGGGCCAGGAGGAUGCCAAGCAGGCGCAGAUGCAAGCGCAGUCUCUGUUCCAAGAAGCAGAACAGAUCCUUUCAGGAAGCGGAGGUGGCAUCAAAGAGGUCAUCGGAACGCACAUUGAGGUCCAGAGUGGGCACUUGUUGGGGGAGAGGCUGUUGGACACCGCCAUCAACAACGGAUGUGACGUGCUUGUGGCAGGCACGAAAUGCAUGCCUGGCAUCGGCAACCUCUUCGAGCCCUUCCUGAAGGGCAGAACAGUGCUGGGCGUGCUGAAGUCAUCGCUCACAACACACUUGCUGAACAAUGCCGUGGACAUACCAGUCUUGUACAUCAAUUAA